AAUGAGUUGAUGUGAGAGUGAGAGUGUGUGGUCUGAGCUGUGAGGCAGACUCACUCUCUUUGCUUCCUGUGUUUCUUUUCACAUGGUUUCUGUCGCAGGAGAGGGCUUCACUCAGUGAUUGACAGCGGAGGGGGCAGAGCCAACAGUCUUCAGAGAGCAGCCAUGUUGGUUCUGGUCCAGUUCCUGAUGAUGAUGAUGAUGAUGAAGAGUGAGGUUGCCUCAGAGAACAUCACUGUGUCUGCACAGAGCGGUGACCCCGUCCUGCUGUCCUCAGAUCAGCUGAAGACCAGGACAGAGGACAGGUGGGACUUCAGGUGGACUCACCUCCAUUUGAUGUUGUCGUUGAAGAAUAACGUGACCACGUGUCCCCACGGACGCUGCAAGCUGCUGAGUGACGGCUCGCUGAGCUUCACCACGGUUCAGCCGGAAGACGCUGGAAACUACAGCCUGGAGGUGUUUGACAGGAAGGGCACCAGGCGGAGGAGGACCCACUUCCUGCUGAGGGUGGAAGUGAAGAGUUCACACAACAUGUGGCUGUGGAUCUGUUGCCCCCUCCUGGUCUUACUGCCGCUUGUCUUCAUCAUCCUCUUUGUCCUGAGGAAGAGGAAUCAGAGGACCACCACACGUAACAAGGAGGAAAACGUUUAUAUGCCUAUGCACAGUUACCAUGGCAACACGAGGACAUUUGGCAAGCAGGAGGAAGGGGAGGAGUCUCCUUAUGUUCCUUGUCAUCCUGCUGGUUCCAUGAAAACGUUGAUUUCACAGCAGAACUCUCCGGAUGCAGAAGACGUCUAUGAGUGACAACCAAUCAGAGCUCACCAGGACAUCACAAAUCACUUUAUUCAGAGGCUUUAACUGAAGCUUAUCAGAUUAGGAACCCUUCUUCUGAUAAAUUCCCAUCAUCAGUAGAGUACCUUAAGGCUCCAUUUUAAAGGGAAAGUUCAUCCAGAAAUGAAAAUUCCCCCAUUAUCUACUCAGAACUUUGAAUUGAAAUAACUGAACUGUUCUUCAGACAUAAUAAAGCAGAUAAAGCGUAACAUGCCUUCAUGCUGCUUCUGUGAUGUCAUCAAGUGUCCACAAGCCCUGACGUUCAUAGUCCACUUUAAACGAGGUCACCAAGUUUUCAGCCUCAAUGUCCUCUAUGACCCACAUGCAGCUCAGGGACAUCAGAGGACAGGCUGAAGACCUGGUGUAAAUGACCUUGUUUAAAGUGGAUUAUGAACGUCAGGGCUUGUGGACACUUGAUGACAUCACAGGAGCAGCAUGGAGGUAUGUUAUGGUAAUGGCACAUUCCACUGAUCAAUAUCUUAAUACGGUUUUAACUGUUUUCUGUGCACUAAGCUGAAUGAACAUCAAUGUCUUCCACCUCCUGUGGAUCUUUAUUUGUGCAACUGUGUGCUGCACUUGAUUCCUCUUUCUGUAACAGUGAUGUUACGAAACGGAACAGACAGCAGACAGGACCGUUUCCUGUUUAUCACAUUGUAUAAAAACCUUCCUUUUUAACUUCUCGUGGUUGCACUCUGAGCCAUGUUGCUGUCUGUGUAACCCUCUGCAGAGCUAAUCAUUAAAACUCUAAGACAA